AUGCUUAAGUGGGUACAAUCAGGACUUUCUGCUGUUGCAGGAUUUGCAGAACCAGAAUAUGGUCCAGAUGCAAUUCAACCAAUUACUAAAAGAAUUCCAAAAGAUUCAACAAAAGUUUAUCGAGCAACUAAACCAGAGGAUUUUACUUGGUUAUCACCAAAUUAUACUAAUGUUGAAACUCAAACAUUUUAUUUCACCGAUUUAAAAACUAAAAAUGUUGGGUUUGCUCAAAUUAUUCAUUCAAAUAUUAUGGGUUUAACUACUACUGCUCAAUUUACAUUUAGAUUAUUUAAUCCUGAAGAUGAUAAACUUAAUUUAUGGACUUCUACAAAAUUGGAAAAUUUUAGAACUGAUGGAUAUAAUUUUCAUGCUGACAAUUUGAGUUUAGAAAUGACUGAUAAUAAAAUAUAUACUUUGAAAAGUCAUGUAUGUGAUGAUUCAAUUGUUGAAUUUGAAAUGGAAAGAAUUUCUGAUGGAGUUAUAUUUGGUGAUGAUGGUAUGACUUAUUAUGGGGAAGAUCCUGAACAACCUUGGGGAUCAAUGAGACAUGUAUUUUGGCCAAGAUGUAAAAUUAAUGGGAAAAUCAUCACCAAAGAAAAAGAAUAUAUUAUUGAUAAUGGUUUAACUAUGUUUGUGUUUGCUUUACAAGGUAUGAAACCUCAUCAUGCUGCUAAAUCUUGGAAUUUUAUAAAUUUCCAAAGUGAACAUUAUAGUGCUAUUCAAAUGGAAUUCACUACUCCAAUAUCUUAUGGUACUACUAAAGUUAAUAUUGGAAUGGUUGUUAAAGAUGAUGAAGUAAUAAUUGGUACUAUAAAUAAUCAAGUUACUCAUUCCGACUCAGAAGUUGAUGAAGUUGGUUGGCCAGUUCCUAAGAAGAUUGAAUUUGAUUUUAUUGAAGAUGAUAAAUCAGUUGCUAAAGUUACUGGUGAUUUGAAAAAAUUAAUUGAAAGAGUUGAUGUUAUGGCUGAAAUUCCUCAAUUUGUUAAAAACAUUGUUAGUGGAGUUGCCGGUGCCAAACCUUAUAUUUAUCAAUUUUCAAAUGAAUUUGAAAUUGAAGUCAAUGAUGUUAAAGAAGAAGGUCUUGGAUUUACUGAAGUUACAUUUAUUUCUGACUAA